CAGUUUGCAGCAUAUGGGGACAAGAAUGGAGCCAACACAUAUGAAGGACUCAACUGGGAAUACAGAUUACAGGCAAAAAAUACAAGUGUCCUCAAAUUCCCUUUUCUUUAUCCCACAGACAACUUUGUACUCAGACAGCGCGCAUGUUUAUGCUCUCCUGGAGAGUCAAGUAUUCACUGGGAAAAUUAUUUUUAAAAGUUUACACACGUCAGUCUGUAUGGAAUUUGGCAGCAGUCAUCCAAACUGGCCUUCGGUUCACAGUUCUCAGAAACGUAACUCUAUAAAUCAAACUGCCUCAAGAACAAACCCUCCCGUAGAGGCGACUCUCUGCAGUGACAGAGUAUCAGAAAUCACAUCAGACACAUCUGAAUAUUUCCGAACCACAGGAUUAUUUCUUUCACCCUUUUUUCCUGAGCAUACAUCAACAGUCAGGAUGUUUCCUGCAGCUGACACCGCACUUUCAACAUUGUUAGCAUCAACCACACUGUCCAGUAUUUACCCCUCAGUGCCGCUGACCCCGGCCUCUUACAGUGUCACUUCCACGCUGACACAUGAGGCCGCCGACAGAAAAUUGCUCGCCACCGGUCUGACCCUCCGACCCCACCAGAAGGAAACCCCCCUCUGGACUGGAUCCUAUAGAGGCAGCCUAACUGACUCAGAAAGCCAGUCCACGGUGAGCUCACUGGGUCACAUUGUCUCUAAUCAAGGACCUAUCAAAGACCUUCACGCUGCCAAACCAUUACUUUAUAACCUCCCAUCUGUUUCUCAUCCACCUCCAACGGAGAAUUAUACUGAUGCCUCGCUACUGAACUCCAGAUUAAAGACAAAACACUCACAACCACCAUCAAACAAAAUACCAUCUACACGGCUGUUUCCAGAUGUGUCACCGACCUCAUAUUUAAUGACUGAGCGUUUAUCAAGAACUCAGCACUCCGAUACAGUCAAACAUCUGUCCUCAGUUCUGAAUCAGGAUAUAAUGUCUCAGUUAAAUGUAACAACUCAGGAUGUGUCAUCAGCCACAUCAUCGGGUCAGCCAACACUGUCUGGAAAAACUGAACUGGAGUCUUCUCUCUCAACGUCCUUGUUUGAGUCCCCAGUGACAACACUGACACCAGCUUUACCUUCGGAGCUUGGCUUUUCUAGUGGGCAACUGGACACACCCAUUAUUAUAAAUCCAACAUAUCCAGGAGAUUCUCUCAAACUUGCCUCAUCAUCUACGACACCACAGCUGCUGGCGUUUUCCAAAUCUUUGCCACCUGAUAUUCGCAUCUCCUAUUUGCAAAGUAACAUUGAAAGCCCAGUUGUUACAGACUUACAGUUACAAUUAGGCGCAGACUUAUAUGUUGAUCUAAAUCCACUAAUGCAGACAUUAUGCUCAGACAUUUCCUCGAUGUCCCUGCAGCCAAUAUAUACAUCCCAGGCUCCUCAAAUGAGCCCUCUUUUAAUUAAAACCCUUUCUGUCCCAUUAUCUAUGUUCAAAGAUCAACCUUUUAAAGAACCAUCUGUCGAGUCAGCUCGUGAGAGUGUGCAAUCAGUGCGACAAACACUCCAAACACUGCUGCUUGGGGAGUCUCACCAAAUUGAUACGUUUCACCACAUAUCCUUAGUCAUUGGGAUGACUACAAGCAUGUAUUUAAAUACAGCAGCAGGCCCAGGUGUGACCUAUCCACUUCCAAUUUCAGUAUCUGAGAGCGCUCGACAAGUGUCUGAGUUUGAUCCAACUGCUCCCUCUACUGUUCAGGAGCUGUACACUACAUCCUUCAUUCAUCAAAUGCAAAAUCUUGAUCCUUCAUUCCCAGUAUGUGGUCAAUCUGUGAUGCAGGAUCAUGUGUAUGUGAGUGGUUGUAUCACCCAUAUCAAAAGUACCUAUGUUGAGAACACAGUGGAGCACGUUGUGGACAGUAAUUCACAAGAUGAGAAGCUCUGGACUGAUUUCCCAUCACAGGUUUUAAUGUUUGACUCAAGCAGACGAUUCUUUUCGACCAAGACGUCCAGGGAAUACCUGUCAAUGCAUCCGCUUCCCUCAGAGGAUAUUUUAAUGGAACAAACUGAGUCAAAUGCACUUAUGUCUUCGCUGUUGCAUUUGUCUGCCACUAUAGAAACAAACCAACUAACAGCUACUCCACAACUGGACAUCUCAGAGGCUCUUCCUGCUCUAGAGGGCACUGGCUUCUCAGUAAUCACAUCACCAGCACUGGACACAACUGGCCUCAGUGACAACUAUGUCAGUUUAGAGAACUCCUUAUUCAUCUGCCAAUCAUCUGCUACAAAAGGACGUCCCACUCAGCAGAUUCUGAGCACGUCUUUGUGGCGAUUUUAUGGGACGUCAACCGCAUUGUUAACAUCAUCAAAGGCUGUAGGUCUUUCCUCAUAUAGAAGAGAGAGCUCAGUCCUGACAACACCUUCCUCACCUUCCAUCUCAAGCGUCAUGAAUCACCCACCUACAGUGUUGCAGUCUGUUCCAGUGUUGAUGGCCACUGUUGGUUUCCCCUUCCACUACUCAAUCCCACCUAAAACCUUCCAUGACCCAGAGGAUGGUGCUGCAGACGCUCUCUCCCUGGAGAUGAGGUUGAUUGAUGGGCCUCCUAUCAGUGUUGGCACCUGGUUGGCACUGGACGGUCUGGAGCUCCAUGGUGUUCCACUGGAGGUGGACCUGCAGUUUGCUCCUCAGCACCUCCUCCUGGGCGCCCAGGACAGACAGGGCCUAAGCACCUGGCUUCCUCUGACCCUUGAUCUCCGUCGUAGUGCCGUCGACCCCUGUCACAUUUUCACUCUGACAGCCCAACGCAGCCUUCACUCGGUUCUCCGUCAGCGCCGCAGGGUGGAACUACUGCUGAGAAAACUGUCCCGCUUCUUCAACAGCUCGAGCAGCCACCACCUCUCUGUUGUUUCCAUGAGGCCUGGGUCCACUGUGGUGUCCUGGUACAACUACAGCCUGUGUGGCAUGGGUCAGAGUAGAGUUACACGGUGCCGUGUUGAUCAAAUACGGAACAUGUGGCUGGCUAUGAGAUCUGCAGAUGGGUCAGUCAACCCUGCGUUCAGAGAGGCAAUGCUCCCAGAGUUCCCUGUCACUAAAGUUGGGCCUGUGAGCUUUAGACGAGACUGCUUCACCACUACUUCUACUCCCAUAUUUGAAGGAUCUACCCCUGCUAUCCACACUACCCUGACUUCAAAUUCAGGCACCAACACUUCCCUCAGUCCCAACUCCAGUACCUGCGUCUCUACAUCUCCAACUAUCACCACCACCUCACAUCAAACAACCCGCUAUCAAUGGAUGGCCGGCAUGUUUACAGCCCUCCUCGUUGUCUGUAUUCUCAUUCUUAUCGUCCUCCUCGUUGCCACAGUCCUUUAUUUCUGCAAAGGUUGCGGGAGGUCAAGAACGGUCGCCAUUUGGCCUGCAAGCAGAGUGCUCUCAGUUCAACGCAGGGAUCUGAGAGCCAUAAGACCGAGGCGGCCUCCGAUAUUCCAACCUGAACUGCCUCCACCACCGCUCAGACUGUGGAUCAGCCUUUCACAAGGCGAUGAGGUUCGAUUCCCAUCAACACGUGAGCAAGAAGGUAAAACAGCUGACAAGGCGUUACAGCCUCGCCCUCCGCGAUAUGAAUUUUCGAAUAUCUAACAUCGAAACAAAAGAGUCUAUGUAAACAUUUUGAACAUGCAUGUACACCGUUCCCCCUUGACAUUAUGCUUUGCAUUAAACUCAGUUCCUAAAAUGUUCUCAGGGACCAUCAGGGCAGUUUUAUGUGUAAAUGAUUAAAAACUGCUGCAACUGUUUACGUGUACACCUGUUAGUCAGUCAUUCUGCAGUGUUUCCCAAUUACAAGAACUUGUCAGCUUUUUUGACUUAGAUCAAUUAGAUCUUAUUGUUUUGAAAGAGCACAGCAAUAAU